AUGGGCGCAGAGUCUCUAACGACCGCCCUCAACCCUCGACCCAACGAGCACUACUACCCCGAAACCCACCAAAAGCGCCCAGCAUGCGGGUCGCCCUUCCGCCGGAUGACAACAACACCACCACCACCACCACCACCACCAACACCACCAACAGACAAUGAGAGCAAGAAUAAACCCACUAGCGGCGAAACCUGGUCCAUCAAGAGACUCCUGGGUCGACACGUCUCCCGUCGUCUGCCCCUCUCUUUCUCGUCCUCCCGUCGCGAGAUUGAUUAAUCGAUUAAUCAAUAAAUCAAUCAAUCAUGGAGCCCGAUGAUAUGAUUCCAUGAUCCUUGUAUUCGCAGCGACCCGUAUUUCUGGUUUCAUUUAUUUAUCUAUUUUCAUUUAUCGGUUUCCUUUUUGAGGAACAUCCCCGGGAAUCCAAGAGCGGGAGAAAUUUAAGAUUAUCCACUGUAUGGCUGGCCACGUGUGGAUGUUCCCGGGGAUUCCAUAUAUUGCAAGACAGGGGGUAGUCUCGGUUGAUAGGUGUCUUACCUAGGUAUCGUCU